AUGAACCAGGGCGGCGUUACACAUGUCUUUGUCAAUCUGGGGUCGGAUCACCCCUCCAUCCUCGAGGCCAUGGUGAAAGGCCAGAGAGAGAAGAAAGAUCAAUUCCCUACUAUUAUCACCUGCCCCAAUGAGAUGGUUGCCCUUUCAAUGGCCGACGGCUACGCACGAUUGACCGGCAAACCGCAAGCUGUUAUUGUUCACGUCGACGUCGGGACGCAAGGACUGGGCGCCGCUGUUCAUAACGCCUCGUGCGGACGUGCUCCAGUUUUGAUCUUCGCUGGUCUUUCUCCGUUCACAAUCGAAGGCGAAAUGAGAGGCUCGCGUACGGAAUACAUCCAUUGGAUUCAAGAUGUCCCGGAUCAGAAGCAGAUUGUUGCGCAGUACUGCCGGUACUCGGGGGAGCUGAAGUCUGGCAAGAACGUGAAGCAGAUGGUCAAUCGGGCGCUGCAGUUUGCUACCAGUGAUCCCCAGGGACCGGUCUAUUUGGUUGGAGCUCGGGAGAUCAUGGAGGAGGAUAUCGAGCCGUAUCAGCUUAACCAGAAGGUCUGGGGUCCUGUUGCGCCGUGCGCUCUGCCUGCGUCUGGAGUUGAGCUCAUUGCUUCUGAGAUUGCUGCUGCCAAAAACCCAUUGAUCGUGGUUGGAUACACGGGCCGACAGGCGGAGUCAGUAACGGAGCUGGUUACGUUGGCGAACAGCUUCAAGGGCAUCCGAGUGUUGGACACCGGUGGCAGUGAUAUGUGCUUCCCGGCCAACCACCCAGCAUGGUUGGGUCUGCGGUAUCCGGGUCAUGAUCUUGUGAAGACUGCUGAUUUGAUUCUGGUGAUCGACUGCGAUGUGCCCUGGGUUCCUACUCAAUACAAGCCGUCCGAGUCGGCCAAGAUUAUUCACAUUGAUGUGGAUCCUCUGAAGCAGCGAAUCCCUGUUCACUACAUUCACUCCAUGGCUUCCUUCCGCGCCGACUCUGUUACAUCGCUCAAGCAGAUCAAUGACUAUGUUGCGUCCAAUGGUCGGCUGCAGCAGUUUAUUGGCACCAAGGAAAACAUCAAUAUGGGACAAGUUCGAGAGGAGGAUUAUCUCAAGCGACGACAGGAGAUCACCGACUUGGCUGUAAUGCCAGAAGGCGGCGACGGUGCUUCAUUGAAUAUCCACUAUCUGAUGUCGCAGGUCCGCAAGGGGUGCCCAGAUGAUGCCAUUUGGGCUAUUGAAGCCGUCACUCUUGCUCAUUUUGUCGCUGAUCAGAUUUCGGCCACUUUGCCGAACUCUUGGAUUAACUGCGGUGGAGGUGGGCUGGGUUGGUCUGGCGGUGGUGCUCUGGGCAUCAAGCUGGCAUCGGACGUGCAGCAUGGUGGGAAGGGCAAGGGCAAGUUCGUCGUCCAGGUGGUUGGAGACGGCACAUAUCUCUUCUCUGUGCCUGGGUCUGUCUACUGGAUCUCACGCCGCUACGAUAUUCCCGUCCUUACUAUCGUGCUGAAUAACAAGGGCUGGAAUGCCCCGCGCCGCAGCAUGCUGCUGGUCCACCCCAACGGCGAUGGAUCACGCGCUACCAAUGAAGAUCUGAAUAUCUCCUUCGCGCCUACACCCGAUUAUGCAGGGAUCGCCAAGGCCGCUGCAGGUGGUGAGAUCUGGGCAGGUCGCGCUUCGACCGUGGCGGAACUGUCACAACAGCUGCCGGAAGCUAUUCAAAGUGUCUUGAAAGGAAAGGGUGCCGUUCUGGAGGCGCAACUGGACGGUACUACAGGAAAGUAUAUCGAGAAAGCAUAA